CUUUCUCUCUCUCCAAAGAAAACAGAGAAAAUUUCUACUUAAAAUAACCAAAGAAAGAAAAAAGAAAAAGCUCCAAUGGAGUGGGUUAGAGGUGAGAUUAUAGGAAGGGGAAGCUUUGGUACAGUUAGUUUAGCAAUUCCCAAAUCAAAUUCAAACAAAUAUGUUGUUAAAUCGGCGGAACUUUCCAAUUCUUUCUCUCUCAAAAACGAGAAAGAAAUUCUUUCGGAGUUGAAUCACCCAAACAUUGUUCGAUAUUUGGGGGAUUCUUUGAGUUUAGAGAAGGGUACACAGUUCUACAAUCUAUUCUUGGAGUAUGCGACUAAAGGAAGUAUAGCUGAUCAACUUAAAGUUUCCGGUGGGAGAUUCGAGUUUUCAGAUGUGAAAAGGUAUACCAAGUCCGUAUUGAAGGGACUCUGUCAUAUUCAUGAGAGUGGGUUUGUUCAUUGCGAUAUUAAGCUUCAAAACGUUCUUCUUUUUCAAGAUGGUACCGCGAAAAUUGCUGAUUUUGGAUUAGCGAGGAGGGUUUCUGAUGAGUUUGGGGAGCAAUUGAGGGGAACUCCACUUUAUAUGUCGCCGGAGAUUGUUUCCGGUGAGAAAGUUGAGUCUCCGGCGGAUGUGUGGGCGCUUGGUUGUGCGGUUGUUGAGAUGGUUACAGGUAAACCGGUGUGGGAUUUGUUGCCGGAAAGUGAUGUCAGCGCUUUGCUAUACCGAAUUGCGGUUGGCGGGGAAUCUCCGAAGAUUCCCGGGAAUUUGUGCUCUGAAGGAAAAGAUUUUCUUGGGAAGUGUUUUGUAAAAAAUCCUAAUGAGAGAUGGACGGCCCAGAUGUUGUUGGAUCAUCCAUUUGUUUCCGGGUUGAAAGAUGAACGGCCUUCUGUGUCUCCUAAAUGCCCGUUUGAGUUCCCUGAUUGGCAAUCGAAUUCGUGUUCGGAUUCGGAAUCAGUAUCAUCUUUCGGGUUUUCAGAAGAUUGUUGUUGGGCUUCAUCUUGGAGCCCCGUUUCACGUACAUUAGACGAAGAAUUGAUUUCUAAUCGGAUACCCAAUUGGAAUGAUUCGGAUGAUUGGGUUACCGUUAGAUAAUUUUUUGUCAAUAAUUAGGAUUUUUUAGGGUUUAUAUUUUCAUUAGAACAUGAGCCGUCAGAUCAUGUUUUUUUAUUUGAUCAGGAUGGUAACAAAUUCUUUCUUUAUCAAAUGUCAUGUUGUACAUAUAAAACAAACAGGUUUCUUUACA